CCCGAGGCGAGCAGCCACCGUUAGCAGCAGUAAGAGAAGCAAGCAAGCAUGGACAAGGUGCUCGAGUACAAGGAGAAGAUCUCGGCCAAGCUCGAGCGCUACGAGAAGAUCGUGGAGCUGGAGAAGCAGACGGGCGUGGACAAGUUCUACAUCUUCUGCGUGGGCGCGCUGCUGGCGGGCAUCCUGCUGUUCGUGGUGGGCGGCGAGGAGCUCGUGGUGGGCCUCGUGGGCUUCAUCUACCCGGCCUACAUGUCGUUCAAGGCCAUCAACACGCCCGGCACGGGCGACGACACCCAGUGGCUCACCUACUGGGUCGUCUACGCCUUCUUCAACCUCACCGAGUCCAUCACGGACCUCGUGCUCUCGUGGAUCCCCUUCUACUUCUUCUUUAAGAUUGCCUUCCUGGUCUGGAGCUACCACCCGAGCACCCAGGGUUCUACUAUCAUCUACAACUCGCUGAUCAAGCCGUACGUGGCCCCCCACGUGGGCCAGAUCGACGCGGCGCUCAAGCGCGGCGAGGACGCUGCCAAGAAGGUGGCCGACAAGAUCCAGGAGAAGACCCAGUAAGCCGGCGGCGUUGCCGAUUGGUGGUGGUGGCGGUGCUUUGAAGUGAAGAUCCCAGUCGGUCUAGCCGCAAGCUUCCCAAUGGAUGACGACAGAGCCCCCUCCCAGCUAGUAGUGACGUGGCAAGUGCUCGCCCUGCUCCAUCUGGCAGCAGCGGACAGGUCAGCAGCCUGAUCUAUCGCGUCUGCUCCGCCGCCGGAGCGGCGAGCACCCCGCGAGCAAGGUCUUUGUAUUUUCCGUGACCGGAUAAUCCAUUUCGUACAUGGCGAAGAAUACACCAUUCUACUCUGUGCACGGCCUCGCACCACCGCAACGCAAUGCAGACCCAUCCUCGGCAUCGCAUGCAGCCUAAAUAUCACACGGUCCCAGCUGGACAAAAGAU